AAAAAAAAAAAAAAAACCCUCAUUGGACACACGUGACCAGUCGUAGGCGUGGCUUUACGUCCUCGCGUACGAUUCGGGCUGGCCUUCGUCGAGCCUCAGUCGAUUUCUCUUCUAUUGAUUUAUAGUGCACUAAGAGGGCAAACGUUUUUAAAGUUUGUGUCUCGUUAAAGUGCGAUACAUCGCCGCUGUAGUUUGCAGGUCGAGAAGCGUAAAGAUUUGUAAAUCACAUCUUGAUCCUUUUCCAUUGUGAGGGUCGACAUGGGCAAGAAGCAGGGAAGCAAAUCAAAGAAAGAUGUUCAAGAAGUGGAGGAGUUUGUGGUGGAGAAGGUGAUGGACCAGCGAGUGGUCAAUGGAAAAGUAGAGUUUUUCCUCAAGUGGAAAGGCUUCACAGAUGCUGACAAUACCUGGGAGCCUGAAGAAAAUUUAGAUUGUCCUGAACUGAUUUCUGCAUACCUGGAGGCUCAGAAAGGAGUGGUGGAGAAACCAGAAGCUGUGAAAAGAAAAUCAUCCACCGAUGAACCAGAAACCGAGGAGAGCAAGGCAAAGAGAAAGAAGGAAAUGUCUGACAAGCCAAGAGGGUUUGCAAGAAACCUUGAGCCAGAGAGGAUCAUUGGAGCGACUGACAGCAGUGGGGAGCUCAUGUUCCUCAUGAAGUGGAAGGACUCUGAUGAGGCGGACCUGGUGCCUGCACGAGAGGCUAACACCCGUUGCCCACAGAUAGUCAUCGCCUUUUAUGAGGAAAGACUAACUUGGCAUUCCUGUCCUGAGGAUGAGCAGCAGUAGCACCCCAAAUCGAAUUAAACCAUACGUUAGUGUCCUCCACCUGUACGGUAUUAGCAGAAGUGUUGAGAGUCUGAUGGUGGAGGAAUUUUAAAUGUAUUGAGAUUUGGUUGGAAGCUAUGUGCAUGACUGUAGUGAACCAAUGAAAAUAUGUGCAAAUGAGACGAGUGUUUUUAAAACUUGCUAUAUAGGAUGCUUUGACUGUUUUUUUGAACUUGGUGUUACAACAGUGCUGUUUUUCAUUAAUGCACUGGCUUGUUUUUUUUUGUUCUUUUUUCUUUCUCCACUCAUCUCAUGCUUUGUAAUCAUGUUCAUAGUUUCUUUUGGUUGUCAUUAUCGUUGUAGUUUUUCUUUUAAUUAUUGUUUACAUGAAUAAUGGAAGUGUUUAUGUAAAUGUUUGUGUAAAUAUUGCGUUUUUUAGUUCAAUAAAGGUCUAUAUGCCUGCUUUUAA